CCGCGGCCGGUGGGCGCGGGUUGCGGGGCCGUCGGCGAAGCUGCCGCCUCAGGCGCAGCCCCGGCCCGCACGCAGCCACGAAGCUGAGCCGCGCGCCGGAGAGCCCGCAGCUCCACCUCGCCAGGGGCAGCCGGGGCGCCCUCAGAGGCCGGAGCGAGUGGGCCUGCCGGGCGUCGGGAGCGAGCCGCCGCCGUGCUCAGCCUGCCUUGCUGCGCGUGGGGGUUCCGAUCCCUCCCCUCCGGCACGCGCAGCCCCGCGGCUCCGGGCGACGUGCUCGAGGUCGGUGCAGCCCGGGUGCCGCGGAGCUGGCGCAGGCCACCUGUGUGACAACUUGAACUUUUCCUAGGAUUUCCCGACCGCCAGAUGGAUCACCUUGCGCAGUUCCUCUGAGACCUCGUGCGUUUAUCGAUGAAAUAAAAAGCAAGAUUUUCCCCAGUUCCUUUUAGAACGUUAUGACUUUUCUCCAUUUGGAGACAGCUCAGGAAACUGCCAGAGGGACAGACAGCUCCUCUCCGUCGGGCCCUGCGUUGUCUUCGGGAGCUUGGGGCCUGUAUGUGCCCCGCCCUCGCUGACAUCUUUCCAGCGCUUAGAGACCCUUGUCCAGAGUCAUGAUCUUGAAGGCUUGAGCCGCUUGCCAGGAGAGAGAGGCUGUCUCCUGAGCCCCAAGAUGGCGGCUAAGAUGGAGAUAACUUUGAGCUCGCAGUCCCACAUUCAGGCCUCCUCCAAGCCAGAGAGACACAUAAUAACAAAGCUGGAAGAGAAACGGGGACCCGCUCUGCAAAAGGACCGCCCCGAUCCCGAGCUCUCCCGCCAGAGCUUCCGACGGUUUUGUUAUCAAGAGGUGUCUGGACCCCAAGAGGCACUCGCCCGGCUGCAGCAGCUCUGCCGUCAGUGGCUGCAGCCCGAGCUGCACACCAAAGAGCAGAUAUUGGAGCUGCUGGUGCUGGAGCAGUUCCUGAACAUCCUGCCCUCGGAGAUUCAGGCUCGCGUCAGGCAUCGAUGUCCAAUGAGUUGCAGGGAGAUUGUGACCCUGGUGGAAGAUUUUCAAAGAGCAGCCAAGAGACCAAAGCAGUGGGUGGCCGUGUGUAUGCAGGGGCAGAAGGUGCUCUUGGAGAAAACUGGAUCUCAGCUUGGAGAACAGGAACUACCAGACUUUCAACUGCAAACUCCUAGGAGGUUUCCCCGGGAGAGUGCUCUGGAGGAGCCUUCCCAGGCGGGAUCUCCGGACCAGCUGAGCUCUCAUCAUUGGGAAAAAUCCACACUCCUCCAGGAACCAAGCCCCAGAUUGGCUGGUACAGAGGCCCCCAGAAUGAAAAGUGACAACAAGGAAAAUCCGCAGCCAGAGGGGGCUAAAGGAGGGAAGCCAUGUGCCCUGUCCCCUGGCAGACCCAGAGGUAAUGGUCUGCAGAGUCCCGAGCCGAGAGGGGCGAAUAGGAAUGAACCCCGGUUGUCACGGAGGCAGGUCAGCCCCCCGAAUGCUCAGAAGCCAUUCGCUCACUACCAGAGACAUUGCAGGGAACUGGAGUACAUCAGCAGCCCCCUGAAAAGCCACCCGCUGAGAGAGCUGAAGAAAAGCAAAGGGGGCAGAAGGAGCCUGAGCAGUCGCUUGCAGCGCCUUGGUCACCAGGCGGCCCGCUCGGCAAAGAAGCCUUACAAAUGUGAUGACUGUGGGAAAAGCUUCACGUGGAAUUCGGAGCUGAAAAGACACAAGCGGGUGCACACAGGGGAGAGGCCCUACACGUGCGGAGAGUGUGGGAACUGCUUUGGGCGCCAGUCAACGCUGAAACUGCACCAGAGGAUCCACACCGGGGAGAAGCCCUACCAGUGCGGCCAGUGUGGGAAAAGCUUUCGCCAGAGCUCAAACCUCCACCAGCACCACAGACUCCACCACGGGGACUGAAAGCGGGGCUUCGUUCUCUCCGUUCAGAAGGAAGGCAUCCGAAUUUCUCCUUCCCUUACUUGCAUGUAAAUCCCAGGGUGUCUGUGUGACUUACAAGGAAAGCAAGAAGUCCCUGAGGGAUGCGGUGCACGUUUGGCCUGUGAGGAGUUCCAGAAGAUGCCGAGGGGGACGUGACCGUGUCGGUGACAGGGUGAAGAAGUGGCGGGUCUGGGCGUUGGGUCAGAGAGAACUGGGGUCUCUGCUGGAGAGCGGGGAGUGACCGCUGAGAGAAUCCGGCCCACCCCGCAGGUGCCCCUCCCCCCGCCUUGGUGUGCAGUCUUCCCCCUGCCGCUUUAUUUAUUCUCUAAAUACGUUCAAGGGGAAAUUCCACAUGUAUAUACCUGAUGUACUUGCUGUCGUGCCCGACAGUCUUUACCGCACACGCACUUCGGUAAUAACGAUCAGUGAUUUCAAGGCAAAAGCUCUUUGGAAUAUAAAUCCCCUAAUACUCUUUCUGUCAUUGCUGGCCGUUCAUAAUAAAGGACACAUGAAGCGAGA